AUGAAGUUCACCAUCGCUGCUUUGGCUGGCCUUGCCAGUGCCAUCAAUGCUGCUAGCCUUCCCGCCUCUUUCAGCCUCGUUGCUCCCGGUGGCAAGACCGUCCAGACCGAUGGCACCAACCUCUACAUCAACGCCAACGUCACCGAGCAGCAGGUUGCCGUCCUCAAGAGCCAGGGUGAGCAGGGCUACGUGAUCUACACCGCUGAGGGCAGCGUUCCUACUGCCUUCCAGAACGUCUACAUCGUCCCCGACGAGGUUAGCCCUGUUGGUUUGACCGUUCCUCACUCCGGCGCCACCCCCGAGGGUGCUAUCAUCACCAACUUCGGUGUCAACGAUGACGGAUACUUCACCAAUGACGGCAAGGCCUGGUUCGCCAUCGACGGCCCGGAUGACGGCUCCCUGAAGAAGAUCUACUGGUACGGUGCUCACAACGGCGAGUACGGCAGUCUCCCCCUCUGGGUCAAGGAGUUCAAAUAA